AUGGAAAAUUCAUCCAGUAUAGAGGUUUUCUAUCUCUCUGGAUUAAAUAAAUCACCAGAGAAUCAACAUGUUUACUUUCCUCUGACUCUUCUGUUAUAUAUUGUAAUCAUAUUUGUAAAUUUGAGACUCAUUUCCAUCAUUCUGUUGGAGAAAACCCUCCAUGAGCCAAUGUACCUCUUGCUCUGUAAUUUAUGCUUUAAUGGACUUUAUGGAACAGCAGGUUUCUACCCUAAAUUUCUCUCAGACUUGCUGUCUGACUCUAAUGUGAUCUCACACCAUGGAUGCUUCCUUCAGGUAUUUGUCCUCUACUCAUCAGUAAAGUGUGAUUUUGCAACACUAACAGCAAUGGCUUAUGAUCGGUAUGUGGCCAUAUGCAAACCACUAGUGUAUCAUUCUGUCAUGACAGAUCAGAUGGUAUUUAAAUUAAUAGCCUUUUGCUGGAUUUUUCCUUACUUCACAUCAACCGUGGUCAUUAUAUUAUCAAGCACAUUGCCAUUAUGUGGGUCCCAUAUUGAUAAACUUUAUUGUGAAAACUGGGCUAUUGUAAAACUUUCUUGCAAAACAACGACGUUAAAUGAUGUGACUGGGUAUAUUGUUACGUUUGUUUAUUUGGGAUUUGCAUUUUUCAUAAUCUUUUCUUACCUAAAACUGAUUGCUGCAUGCACAAAAAGUAAAGAAGACAGGCUAAAAUUUACAAAAACAUGUUUACCACAUUUGCUUGCUGUAAUAAAUUUCACAAUCGCUAUAGUUUUUGACCUGAUGUAUUCUCGAUAUGGAUCUACAAAUAUCCCACAUGGUCUGCGCAAUUUCUUUGCAGUACAAUUUCUAAUCAUUCCUCCAAUUUUCAAUCCUGUUAUUUACGGACUAAAAAUGACAGAGGUUCGCAAAAGACUCCUGAAGCAGUGUCAUUAUUUAAAAUAA